AUGGAUCCCGCGGCCUCCGAUGCUCCCGCCGAGCCGCAUGAACAACCUAGGUCAGCCUCGCCGCCGCCGGGACAUCCCCCGACGCGCUCCGCCGACGUCGAGGGGCAGCCCGUCGCGGACGAAGCUGCCAGCGGUGGCGGGGGCGACCAAGAGCGCGCGGCCGACGAGCUCGACUUCAGCGCCGUUCCCGAGCCCGGCGUCAACACGCGCACACACAUGCUGUCGCGCCUCCUCUCCUUCGUGGAGCCGAGCCUGCAAGAGGUGCUGUCGCUGGCCGAGCAGAUGCACGCCGCCCGUGAAGUACUUCAGGACGCUCGCUCGCGAGGCGAGGCAAAUUUCGGCAAGGAGCUGCAAGGUGCCUUCAAGUCCCUGGAGCAGCUGCUCGAGUCUGUGCGUAGUCAUGCCGACAGUAGCCUGCAAUACAGCGAGCUAGGCGCGCAGUUCCUUCUGAAGUGCAAGGAAUUGGAUCGGAACCUGCAGGGGCUCCCGCAGGUCGCGCAGCAGGUGGCGCGGCUGCGAGACUUCGUGGAGCGUAUUGACCGGUGCACGUGA